AUGAAGAUUCUCUCAUUCUGCCACAACUCCAGAGCCAGCUCCCCUCUCCCCGGUUUUAUUGUUUUCUUCCUUAUUUGUUACGUUCACAAGAUGGAAUCAGGAAAGUUCACAGUGAUUGGACCCCGUGACCCUGUCACUGCCGUUCUGGGUCAGGAAGCUGUGUUACCCUGUCACCUGUCCCCCAGCAUGAGCGCUGCAAACAUGGAGGUGAGAUGGUUCCGAUCUCAGUUUGUAUCCUUUGUGCACCUGUAUCGUGAUGGGAAGGAUCAGUAUGAUGGGCAGUUGCCAGAGUAUUGGAGAAGGACAGAGCUUUUGAAAGCCGGACUCACAGAUGGAAAUGUUCCCUUGAGGAUUCUCAAUGUCACACUCUCUGAUGAAGGACUAUACCUCUGUUUUAUUCAAGAUGAUACUUUUUAUGAACAAACAGUAUUGGAACUGCGGGUAGCAGGUCUGGGGUCUGCUCCUCUCAUCUCUGUUGAGGGUCACCAGGAUGGAGGGAUCCGGGUGGUUUGUCGAUCAGCUGGUUGGUACCCAAAGCCUGAGGUGCUGUGGAAAGAUCUCAAUGGACGACAUUUACCAUCACUCUCUGAAACAAAAUCCCCAGGGGAUAACAACCUGUUUAAAACAGAAACUGCUCUCAUUGUAACAGAACAUUCAAACCAAAACUUGUCCUGUUGCAUCAGGAACACUGUUCUCAAUCAAGAAAAGGAAUCAGCAGUGUAUAUAGCAGAUCCAUUUUUCCCGAGGGUGAAUUCCUGGAUGGUGGCUCUGAGUGUGAUCCUGGUGGUUUUGUUUGGUUUCAUUGGCCUCACUGUUUAUCUCUUUAAAAUGAAAGGGAAACUUACUGAAGAAGUUGGCAAACAAAAUCUAGAAAUCGGCAUUGGCACUCUUACAGCAGGAUUAUCUGGAUGGAGAAGAUCUGUGGCACCUAUAGAAGAAGCGAAUGUGACUCUGGAUUCAGACACGGCUCAUCCCAACCUCUUCCUGUCUGAGGAUCGGAAACGUGUGAGACGGGGAGACACACGGCAGCGACUACCCAAGAACCCUGAGAGAUUUGACCCUGAGCUUUGUGUGCUGGGCUGUGAGGGAUUCACCUCGGGGAGACAUUGCUGGGAGGUGGAGGUGGGGGAUGGAGGACUCUGGGCUGUGGGGGUGGCCAGAGAGUCUGUGAGGAGGAAGGGGGAGAUCAGCCUCAGCCCAGAGGGGGGGAUCUGGGCUGUGCGGCGGUGGUGGGGUCAGUUCCGGGCUCUCACCUCCCCUGUGACCCCCCUGCCUCUGAGCCGGGCCCCCAGCAGGAUCCGGGUUUGUCUGGACUGUGACCAGGGGCAGGUGACAUUUAUCGAUGCUGGUGACGAGGCCCCGAUCUUCACUUUCCCGCCGGGCUCCAUCCCUGGGGAGAGAAUCCGACCCUGGCUCGGGGUGGGGUGGGGAGCCCAGCUCAGACUGUGUCCCUGA